AUGCGGAACUUCCGACCUAAUGCACCCGCGGAGCGUUUUGGCGGAGCGGAGAGGGGAUCCGCCGAGCAAGAUCGGUGUUCUGACUGGCAUGGCGAUGUGUCAUCGCACCUUCGCCGACUCGCCGAGAAACAGCCCGUUUCCCGCCCUGACAAUCUCAAAGUUCGUGCAACGGUCGCUCAUUCUCGGUACACUGCACGUACAACUUACGAUCCAUAUCGGGAAUUCUUUGUCGCCAUGUCAGAGGUAGAUUGUCUACGUGGGAUCGUCCGGGAUUGCCUGGACAAGAAUCUGAUCAGCUCUGCUUCGUUCCUCGCCGAUAAGCUCGCUUGCUUAUCCUCUCAGGAUCCUGAGGACGUCCUUCUUUUAGCACGAUGCUACUAUGGUUCGCGGCAAUUCAGACGAGCAUUGAGGCUUUUGCGGGCCGAGGAUCUAGUCCAUUCCGACACCCGCUUUCGACUUCUUGCAUCGAAAUGCUUGGAGCAAGUCAAGGACUGGGAGGAAUGCCUUGCAUUGCUGGAAGACGCUAACAACAUGGGAGCUACUGCUGGUGGGAAGAGCUGGUCCGGCUUCCCGGUUACGCCGGUACCUGGUGCAGGAUUUCUCACGCCCACUGACGGUAUUGCUCCGACGAGAUUGGAUCUGUCGACCCCAACAUUUGGAGGAGCGUCUGAAGAUUCGCCACGGAAUGGAAUCAAGCCAGCAGCUGCGUUCAAUCUGAUCCGCGGUCGCGCGUACGAGGCUCUCGGGAAUCGACCAAAAGCAAUCCAUUGGCUUUCAGCUGCGCUACAAGCUGAUCCGUUCUGUUCAGAGGCCUUUGACGAGCUGAUGGACAAUCAUAUGCUAACAACCGAGCAAGAGGUCGAUCUGGUCGAGUCCCUCAACAUCCCUGCUGGCUUUGAGUGGCUGCGCCUGCUUUACUCGUGCCGCUGCAAGAAAUACGGCAGGGAGGACGCAGUGGAGCAACAACUGAAGCUGUUGGAAGGCCCGUCGCCUCCCUCCAAUCAGCCAUCCCGUCUAGGCACCAGACGAACCUCUGCUCGUCCCACCUUGACAUCCUCGCAAACACCUGCCGCUGCUGCUGCUGCUGCUGCUCCUGCCGCUGCUGCUGCUGCUGCUGCUGGUGCUGGUGCUGGUGCUGGAGGUGAUGCUGCAAAUGACACCGGCCGGGGAAUGGGUGACAAUGAGGAGGAGAGGGUUGGGAAGAAGGCAGGGGUAGGAGUUGGGCUAAGCCGCGCUGAGCUGAUGCUGCACGUGGGGCGAUACGAGGAUGCAUACCGAAUCACAAAGCAGGUCUUGGAUCGAGAUCCGCACAAUACUCGUUGCAUCCCCACCCAUCUGGUAGCAGCGGUACACUUGGGCAGGAGGAACGAGCUCUUUAAGGCGGCUCACCAGCUCGUGGACGACCAUCCCAACACGGCGUUGGCAUGGUUUGCAGUGGCGUGCUAUUACUACUGCAUUCGCCAGCACGACCAGGCAAGGCGGUUCUUUUGCAAGGCCACCAACGUCAGCGCUGCCUUCGCCCCCGCCUGGAUGGGCUUUGGACACACAUAUGCGGCACAAGAAGAGACGGAUCAGGCCAUGGUGGCUUAUCGGACGGCUGUGCGGCUCUUCACAGGCUUCCAUGUGCCUCUGGUGUGCAUUGGUAUGGAAUAUGCACGCUCCAACAACCUCAGCCUAUCGCUGCAUUUCUUGGAUGAAGCACGCAGGUUGUGCCCCUCAGACCCUCUGGUGCACAACGAGCUGGGAGUCAUUGCUUACAGGAGUCUCGAGAAGAUGAGGAGAUACGGCGACGCCCUGAUGGUGUACGAGCAGGCUCUCUCUCUUCGCCCCAACACUGCCAGCACCUUUGCAGCCAUGGCCUUCACCCACCACCUGCAGGGAAACCUCAUCCCCGCUAUUGAGUUCUACCACAAGGCGCUGGGGCUGUGUCCGGGAGACAGCCUGUCUGCUGAGAUGCUAGGCCAAGCACUGAAGGACGAGUGUGCUCUCAUGUCGGCUGCUGCUGACGACCAUGUGGGGCCUGAUGCUGUCCUGCCGCCCCUCUCAGCAUGA